AUAUACCAUUUAUAUACCAUUGUCUGACUAUUUUGCAGUUGAUUUAAUUUUAUUCUCUCUUCGUGUUUGUGUUACUUUCCAAUACAGGGUGGUAAACAGCAGCAAAGACACACCCAACAAAUCUAUCACAAACCUGCCUGGGAUGGGACUGCCUUAAUACAGAUACGUAUAAGGAAGUUGAAGUUGAAGUCUUAUUACAGAAAGUGACGUUUUGGCAUGAGCCUGAAGUCACACUAUUAUGAGCUGUAUUUGUUUUUGCUUUCAGUUAGAACCUGGCUAGGCAGUGAAGACUAUGGACGGAGACAUGGACGAUGACUGCCCUGUGUGUAAGGGCCCUUUACAGAAUCCUUCACAGCCCAUUUCAUGCUGCAGAAAAGUGUUUUGCCAGUCUUGUCUAAGACAUGCAAUUUUAGUAAGACCCCAGUGUCCCUACUGCAGGAGCCCCGUAAACGACCGUGUCAGUCUUGCACUUAGGUCUGCCAUACCAUGCACCGUCAAUCUGCAAGGUAGCGAUGCCUUCCUUCCGACCACACGAACCGUUGGCCCCAAUGUACAGGCUCUCCUCAGCCGACUUAGAGCUGCAAGUGCACAAGCUUCACAGACAGCCAGCGCCCCAAAUGCCAGCCUGCUCAAUCAGGUUGCUUCAAAUGCUGCUGUACAAGAUACCUCCAAUCCUGCUCUCGGAAGGCCAGUUCCCAGACCAAGACGCCAAGCCAAUAUUCAAGUAGCUCCUGUAGUAUCAGUCGCCCCAGCGUCAAAUCCAAUCAGCAUCCAAGCAAACACCAGUCCUCAGCCAGACCUCCAGUCAGAUGACCCCGAUGACAUGGACUGGCCCAGUCAAAUUACUAUGAUGGAAAAUGCAUCUCAUUCAGGAAACAUCUUGAGAACAUAUAAUUGUCCAUACUGUCAGGAAGGUGGCCUGGAUGACCUGGAUCUGCGUGAUCACUGCAAUGACAACCAUCUCAAUGACCUGAGACAAGUGGUUUGCCCCGUGUGUGUGUCACUGCCUCAUGGUAACCCAACUUACUGCAGCAGGGAUUUCAUUGGCCAUCUCAACCUCCGCCACAGCUAUUACAUCGAUGACAUAACUAAUAUCCACCAGAAUGACGAUAUUAACUUACAGGAUGCCAUACUGAGGUCAUGGCAACAAACAUAAAAACCGUGUUUUCCCACAAAUGCCAAUAUUACUUUGUUAAGACUAUAACAGAUUUAAAUGAUACGAUUCUGAAGCAGUGAUGUCUGGUUGUUUGUAAUGGAUGCAGAACAUGUAAGCAUAUAAGCAUAUAAUUAACUAUAGAAACUGUUAUUUUUAUUUCAUCCAUCAGGUAAUACUGUAAUUAUACUCAUUCAUGGAUAUUACUAUGUUUGAGUGAUAUUAAUAUGACAAUCCGAUUAAUCUGGACACGGGAUACUUUUCAAAAGGAAGCCUUUCUUGUAAUAUUUGCUUAUUCUAAGCUCUCUGACAUGUCUGAUUUCUGUUAUAUCACAUGCAUUAUACAAAUAUGUUUGCACUCUGAGCAACAAUUGCACUACUAAUCUACUGGUAUUAAUAUGCGUUACUUUUUACAUUUAUACUUCUUACAUUAACUCCUUACAUGACCUGUAUUUUUAAAUGUGAAUAAAAGAGUUCCAAAAACUUUGA